CUUUGCUGUGCCUCAGGCUCAGCCCCGGACAAAACCACGAUUGGUGCUUUGGUCUCCGGAGUGGCAGUCUGUUGUCCACCUCCUGCGCUGUUAACCUUUAUAAACGAGCGGAUCGGAGGAAAAUCUCAGUCAUUUCAAAGGUGUAGUCAAAACCGGGGACAAUGAAUGGUAAGUCCACUAACGGGACGCUGGGGGGAAUGGCCUGUAUCGAGGGUCUACCGCCGCUGCCCAAGAGCCUGAGCGGGCUACUCAACUCCAGCGGCGGCUCCUGGAGAGAAAUGGAGAGGAUGUAUGUGAAGAAAACCAUGAUCCAAGACGACCUGAGCCGAGGGAGGAACAACGGAGACAGCCUGCUCGCACACAAGCCGGCGAACCUGGACGCAGCCCUGGCUCUGCUGCGUAAAGAGAUGGUGGGCUUGCGUCAGCAGGACAUGUCCCUCUUGUGCCAGCUCUGGUCCCUGCACGAGUCCAUCCAGGAGUACAAGGGCAGCUGCCAGGACCUGAGCGCCGCAUCCAGCCUGAGUAUGAUGGAAAACGGGUACUUCGACGAGGACGACGAGUUUUACCCUGAACCGGGAGCCACGCCCACGGGGGACCAGCCCGACGAGGGGGGUAUCGGGGGCACGACCACAGAGAAAAAUGGGAGCGUCAGCAAAGAUGACAGCUGGGACUCCUUUCACGUCACCAUCUGAGGCCUCUACACACUGUUUAUGGAUGUACGUUGUGUGGCAAAUUUGGGAUAAUUUUGCUCGCAUGGAUAGGUGGACUUCUCAGGUUGAAAUUGCAAUGAUGCAAUUUCUCAACCACAAUUGGAGCAAAAUGAACUUAAAGACUCCGAUGUGCUCAAUUUGGCUAUAUAUAUAUCAAUCUUUUUAUAAUUGUUGCUGCUUUCUUAUCCAGUAGCAACAACAACGGAGCAGAACUUUUAUACAUAUAAUUCUAUGAACAAAGUUUUAUUAUUUAUUGCAUAUAUUAAAUAUCAGAUACUUACUUUUACCCUCUUUCCAAGUUUCGACUGUGACCUGAUCACAGUCAAGUCAGUAAGAAGAAAUGUAUGUCUGUAUGGACUCUACCUUAUGGGAAUAUUGCUUAAGAUAAUUCCAUAAACUCUGGACCAAGGCUAAAGUAGACAGAGAGGUCACACAAUUUCUCAAAGCAUAAACAGAUCAGUUACAUUGAUGCUGGUAUAUAGUAGUGCUUCUAUACCACUCUUUGAAGAUCUCUUGGAGUGUGUUUGCCAUGUUUCCUGUCAAAUCCAUAUGUUAGCUGAACGUGUACUGUUGCGUAACUCUAAAUGGUUUCUAGUGCUUUGAAACUAAUUAUGUCCACAGAAGGUACUACAUCAAACUAUUUCUAAAGCCUUGGUCCAGUCCUGCUUCUUGAAAUUCUGCAUAUUUGUGUACUACUAACGUGAACACUUUUUAGGAUAAACCUUUUGCCUUCUUAAAACACCCUGCUCUAAAAUGUGAAAUGUUUAAAAUGCUGGAGUAAUGACUUGUCCGAAACCACCAAGUCUAAUGCAGCUUCAUAUAAUUGUCUUUUGGAGACUGUUAUGUCUGUCUGCCUAUAACAGUGUGCUUUGUAUGGGCAACAGUUGUAGUCUUAUUACAGGUCUGUCGCAAGUCUUACAUUUUACCUAGCAUUUAUUGUGCUCACGCUAAGCUAAUCACCAGGGUCUAAAAAUGUGGCAACAGAAGUGCGCAAAGUAUAAUCAAGUUUUGCUCAGCCUUUUAACACUGUAGUGACUGCUGCAAACAUGAAAAUGUGUUUGUUUAUAUUUCCUUGAUACAAAAAUUUUACUUUACAAAACUAAAAUAAUGGACAUAAUAAUGGAAAAUAUAUGUACAAAAAUAUUUUACAGUCACACACAUUAUAAUGAAACUAUGUAGAUUACCUAAUGGGUACCAAUAGCUUGGAAUUUAGCUUUCAAUAGCUGUAAUAAGAAAUAUUUCAUGCUUUUGCCAGCAAGCCCUGUUUGUUACAAGGGUGACGUUAACCCUGUAGACAGAGUACACAAACCAAAGAGGUCCCAGCAGAUAAAGUUUGGUUUAAUAGGGUAAAAUACUUCCUGCUUUAUUAGUCAUAUCUUAUGCAUAGAAGAAUGUGGUUGUAGUUAAAUUUUUCAGAAAUAUAUUGUCUGGGUAACUUCCUUAAGCCAACACUGAAACUUCAUCAUCAUCAAAAAAUAUAUAAAUAUCAGUUUUGUGGUAUAGUUAAAAGUUCAGUUCCUUGUUGAAUUCCACAGCUAUAACCAGAAAAAUAUUAUGACCCCCUGUUGUUCUAAACCAACACUGGUCUGACCCAGACAUCAAAUUACCAAUUGUUCUACCUAUCUUAGUGUCAUAUCUCCAUUUAGAUUGUGUACUGAAUGUUAGUGCUUUAAAGAACCACUCAUCUAUUAUUACUGUUUGUAUAUGGCACUUGAAUGCAACACAGUCACGAAAUGUCAACAAUAGCUUCUCUGCGCAGUGCUGCUAAUCUGAAGCUAAGAGCACACACGACUAUCAGAUCAAUGCCAGUAAAUACAGAUGUACUAUUAGUGCCUUGGCUAAGUGGCGGACACAGACCUGCCGCUCGCCACUCAAAAGAAAUCAACAUCAGCGUAAGCAGUAGGAUUUGAAAGUUUUUGCAAACCCGGUUUGGUAAGCAAUGUCACUAGUAGCAAAAUCGCAAAUCUUUCUGACCGUUUCAAUACAAUUCAUGCCUACACGCAACAUAUCCACUGUGUAGCAAUCCAAAAGCAGCCUUAAAGUGUGAUGAUGUGUGCACUCCUCACUUGUAUGUGGCUGUUGUGUUUAAAUAUUUGAAUUAAAACUACCUGAGUCCAUUGUUCUAAAACACCACUUAAAUCCAGCACAAGAGAAAGAGCUUUUUUAACACCAGCAAGUGUUCCUAAUACUUUUGCAGUGUGUUGUAAACAAGUCCCUGUAACAAUGCAAUAUGUAUGACAAAGUGUAAAGUAAAGUACAUAUUUUGGACACUGAGUUCAUAGGAUACGCCAAUAAAUAUCCACCGAUCUGGCAUAGAUAGUAGACUGGUCUAAUGGAGAAUAAAAGGUGCACUAUGUAAGUUUUCUUAUGGAAGGACUGCUGCCCGCUUGGCUCCAAGGAGAGGCUAUUGCUUUGUCUGGAGUAUCUUUCUUUGUUUUUGUUUUUGCUAGAAAUACCUUGAACAGCUUGCAUUCUGACUGAGACUGCAGUAGCCUGUCCACAUAUCUGACCUGUAACUUGUGAGGUGUUCUUAUCCAUGGACAUGCUCCCAUACUGCAGAACAUUCAAUGCAAAUAAGAAUCAUUUCUGUGUAGGUGACGUAUCCUCCACAAGAAAGUUAACAUAGCACAUCUUUUAAACUCUAAUUCACCAAAUGGACAUGGACAUAUGCUUAAAAACCUCUAAUUCUAGGGAAAAUUUUGGUGAAUGAACUUUUAUAGCUGUUGUUAAAUUGACACUUUGUGAAAUAAUUACAUGCUGCAUUGUAUUUGUCCCAUUUUAUAUGAUUGUUGGAUGUUUCAUUGGUGAUGCCUCCUCAGGGUAAAACUAGUGGCAGUGAUGUAAAGUGAUUUUGUGGUUGAUAUUGUAUGAACAGUGGUAACAUGAUAUUGGUGCUGUAUUCAUUUGCAUGGGUUCUUGGGAUGGGUGAAUAUUGUUUUCACGUGGUCCAUUAUGGCAAACCCUUGAUAAUCUGAUAAUCUAAGAGCACAAAUUUGUAGCGCCAUGUUUUGUGUGUAGCCCAAACACAAUGCAACCAUACUAUAACUGGAUGUAUAAAAGAUGAUUGUUACAUUUUGGUAUUGUAAGAAGUGACUUUUACACCAAUUUGGUAUAAUGUUACGAACAAUGUAGUCUUUUUUUCAAGUCUUUGCCUAUCAAAUGAUCAACUCAAAUGGAGAAUUGUUACAUAGUUAUGCCAGAUUGGUGUAUGUUGAGAAUGAAGUGGUCAAGUGGUCCACAAAGUUUAAAACAAAUAGUGUUUCUUCCAUUAAUGUAUGCAUUUAAAAGAGCCUUAUUAAAAUAUUAUAAAAAUGGCCACUGUUUCUAUACAAAUACAUGUAGAAUUGUCCAUUCAAAUGUUCUCUUAAUUACAAACCACAGUGAAAAGUGUUCAGUGUUGAUCCAAGUGACUGUGAAAAUGAGAAGGCUGUGUGCGUUUGUGGUUCAACUUUGACCUACUACUGUUUACUAGGACUAUGUAAAGUCUCUGCUAUCUAUAUAUAUCGUUUAUUAAACUGAUAAUGUACUUUGA